AUGUCGCGAACAAGAGUUCUGCUGGUCGGAGCUGCCGGUGAGACGGGAGGCUCAAUUGCCAAUGGGCUCCUGGAGAAUCCCAUUUUUGAAGUCUAUGCGCUCGUUCGUCCCCGGUCGGUUCAGAAGCCAGCCAUUGUCUCUCUGCAGGAAAGAGGUGUCCAUGUGCGCCGAUGCGAUCUGAGAGGCUCGGAGGAUUCUCUCGCCGAAGCGCUUACCGAUAUCGACAUCGUCAUCAGCUGUGUUGGUCCCGCCGAACAACAGGAUCAGAUUCCGCUCGCAAAGGCCGCCAAGAAGGCCGGGGUCAAGCGAUUUGUACCUUGCGCAUUUAUCACAGUGGCCCCACCCGGCGGCAUCAUGUGGCUGAGAGAUGAGAAAGAGACCGUCUACAACCACAUCAAGCAACUCUGGCUGCCGUACACCAUUGUCGAUGUCGGUUGGUGGUACCAGCUUUCGUACCCUCGUCUCGAGUCCGGACGGGUGGACUACGCCAUGACCACCGCCAACAACGAGAUCGUCGGAAAUGGCAACACCCGCACCGCCAUGACGGAUCUGAGAGAUAUCGGACGCUAUAUUGCCAGAAUCAUCGUCGACGAUCGGACAUUGAACCGGAUGGUAUUCGCCUAUGACACCGUCAUGACCCAGAACCAAAUCUACGAUAUGCUCGAGGAGAUUAGCGGGGAGAAGAUCCAGAGGAACUACAUCCCAGAAGAGACCGUCUACACCAGAGUCCUGGCGGCCAGACAGUCGAGCGAGACCUAUCCCUUUGACCCCAUCAAGUUCAUCCCCCGAUACCUCGCCGAAUAUCAACUGUCCUGGGGUAUUCGUGGUGAUAACAACCCAGAGUAUGCCAAGUAUCUUGGCUACUUGGAUGCUAAGGAGCUCUACCCCGAUUUCAGACCUACCAACUUCCGGGAAUACCUCGAGACCGUGGUCCGAGGCACCGCCAAGGGUAUCUACACCGAUCGCACAAUUUCCAGAGCUUAUCAAAGGGAGUUCCCGAGAACCGAGUCCAGCGACUCGCUGUACACUCGAAUCUUCCCUCGAGCCGAGUCGAGCGAUUCGCUGUACAUGAGCAGGUAA